CUUUGCUCGGAUCUUCACUAGAGAGAAGCGAUCCACCGAUGAUCGGCAUUGGAGAAAGGUAGACUCAUCUGGGAGACAUAUUCUACAGAAAUAACCUGUACUUUCCUAAAGCCUGCAGUUCACCAUGACAGCCAAGAACACAACAGCCCUGCUGCAGAAGCUACGGAGUUUGAUGAAAGCCAAGCAAUACAUAGGAGCAGAGCCCAUCCAGGCUUACAUCAUACCAUCCGGGGAUGCUCAUCAGAGUGAGUACCUUGCAGCAUGUGAUUGCCGUCGCGCUUUCAUAUCAGGAUUCACAGGCUCUUUUGGGACGGCCAUAGUGACCAAUGACAUUGCUGCUCUGUGGACAGAUGGCAGGUACUUUCUACAAGCAGCACAGCAAAUGGACUCCAAUUGGACCCUAAUGAAGCAUGGUUUAAAGACAACACCUACCCAAGAGGAUUGGUUGGUUAAGAAUUUACCCAAAGGUGCUCGGGUUGGUGUUGACCCAUUCCUGUUUGCACACGAUCAGUGGAAGAAGUUCUCUGUUACACUCAGCCAAGAGGGUUUAUCCCUGGUACCCACUGUAGUCAACUUGGUGGAUCUGGUGUGGGGGGAUGAGAGACCAUCCCCACCAUUUGACCAAGUGACAGUCCUAGAAACCAAGUAUGCUGGUGUUACUUGGCCAGAGAAAAUAAAAAGGAUGCAAGAAGCAAUGACCACCAAGGAUGCCCAGUACCUAGUCCUGACUGCUCUGGAUGAAAUUGCCUGGCUUUUCAAUUUAAGGGGAUCUGACAUCCAGUAUAACCCUGUCUUCUUUGCUUAUGCAGUUGUCAGCGUGGACACUGUAUACUUGUUCAUAGAUGAGCAGAAGUUAACGAAAGAUGUAAGAGACCAUCUGAUGCACAAUGGGUUGAAAGUAGACAUCCAAGAGUAUGAUGCCAUCCAACAGUUCCUGGCUGAUCUUUAUCAAGAGGGAAGUGGUACUGGAAAGACAUGGAUUAGUCCCAAGUCCAGCAAUGCUCUUGUCAGCUGCAUUCCCAAGUCUCAGUGCGUCUUGCAAGGGACCCCUGUGCUGACCAGCAAAGCUGUCAAAAAUGAGGUGGAGAUACGGGGCAUGAAGAAUGCACAUAUACGUGAUGCAGUCGCACUGUGUGAAUACUUCCAGUGGUUGGAAAAGGAGGUCCCUAAGGGCCAUCUGACAGAGAUAUCAGCCUCAGAUCAGCUGGAACAGUUACGAAGACAGCAGGAAGACUACAUCAGUCUGAGCUUCGCUACAAUCUCCAGCAUAGGGGCUCAUGGAGCCAUUAUUCAUUACCAAGCCAGCCCUGAAACGGAUGCGCCCCUCAGCACCCAGGAGAUCUAUCUGUGUGACUCGGGAGGGCAGUUCAAGGAUGGUACAACAGAUGUGACAAGGGCCAUGCAUCUUGGCACGCCAACACCAUACCAAAAGGAAUGUUUCACCAGAGUACUCAAAGGUGUCAUAUCUGUGGCCACUGCUGUCUUUCCCUGUGGGACAACAGGCAGUAUGAUAGACUCCUUUGCUCGGCGUUCCCUGUGGGAAGCUGGCCUGGACUACCUCCACGGUACCGGCCAUGGGGUGGGGGCUUUCCUGAAUGUUCAUGAAGGCCCCCAGCAAAUCAGCUGUAAGGUGACUGCCUUUGAUGCAGCCCUUGAAGCUGGAGUCUUCAUGUCAGAUGAACCUGGAUAUUAUGAGGAUGGAGAAUUUGGCAUACGAAUUGAAAACAUCGUACUCAUCAAACCAGUUGAAACAAAGUACAAUUUCAGAAAUACUGGUUUCCUGACGUUUGAGACAGUGACCCUUGUGCCAAUACAGACCAAGAUGAUUGAGCCCUCUUUGCUCUCAGAGGCAGAGAUAUCCUGGCUAAAUGACUACCAUGCCAAGUGUCGUGAUAUCGUUGGUGCUGAACUGGAGAGACAAGGCCGUUUGGAUGCCCUAGCGUGGCUGCACAGAGAAACACAGCCCCUGGGAUGAGCUAUUUCACAACCCCUAAACUAAUCCCACCAAGAAAUACACUCUACUGAAUAGGACAAGAAAUACACUGACAAUUUUAGGGAAGUUUUGCUGUCAGGUCCAGGAUGUAUUUUUGGCAUGUUUUUAUCUCUGGAAGAUAUUACACAUUUUAAACCUUGAAUUACCUGAACAGUUCAUAUCUUCAAAGUGGAAUUUUUGAAACUGACGAGAAUUCCAAACCAACUAAAAUGUAAUCUGCCAUGUAUUCUCCAUCAUCGUUUUUAUUGUCCAUGUAUUGUCCAUAACCAUUUACCACUUAAGUCUCUUGUUAACCACUUCCUGCUGGGGAUACUGGAUCCGGAAACAUAUGCUUUAUAUGCGUGGCUGAGGUCUCCGAACU